CCACUCUUGCCGCUUUAAACUUAACCUCACAUAGUUUGAACGACAUACAUAGUUUGUUUACAUAUUUCCCCAGAACAGUCCCAUUCUUUCCUUUUUAUUCCUGCGUAGAGUGACGUUUAGGAUUCAAGAUGGGUAUAUCCCGCGAUUCGUGGCAUAAGCGUAGGAAGACUGGAGGAAAACGUAAACCUCUCCAUAAGAAGAGGAAGUAUGAAUUAGGUCGUCCUGCUGCAAACACAAAGCUUGGCGCUCGACGUGUGCACAUUGUUCGUACGCGAGGUGGAAACAAGAAGUACAGAGCUUUAAGAUUAGAUCAAGGAAACUUUUCAUGGGGUUCUGAAGGUAUUUCAGCUAAAUCUCGUAUCAUCGAUGUUAUUUACAACGCCUCCAACAAUGAAUUGGUCAGGACGAAAACAUUGGUCAAAAAUGCAAUUGUAGUGAUUGAUGCAACCCCAUUCCGUCAAUGGUAUGAAGGUCACUAUGCUUUGCCAAUUGGACGUAGGAAGACAACAAAAUUGACCGAAGCUGAAGACAAAGUUUUAAACAAGAAACGGUCAAGGAAAGCUGAACUCAAGUACAAGAAGAGGCAACGUUUUGCUAAAGUUGACCAACCAAUUGAAGAACAGUUCCAGACGUCUCGUUUGCUUGCUUGCUUAGCUAGCAGACCUGGUCAAUGUGGACGAGCAGACGGUUACAUCUUGGAAGGAAAAGAGCUGGAAUUCUACCAUAGGAAAAUAAAGGCCAAGAAAGGCAAAUAAAUCCAUGUUAUUUUAAUCAAUGUCAUGUUAACAUUGUUCUUUUGACAUUAUUAAAUAACAAAUGUUUUUUUGAGAUAA